AUGUUAGUUCGGCGUGAUUCUAUCUCAUUGGCAAAUCAAUAUCCUAUCCUUAUAUAUCUCGCCAUGAACUCAAUUGCCAUACCCACAGCCGCUGCCACCACACAAUCUAUCACCAUUAUUAAUCCAUCUUCCAACUCUUCAACUACUAUUACUGUUACCCACAUUAUCUUCUAUAUUUCCUGCGCCUUCAAUAGUCAUGAUCCUCAGAGAGUAUUACGCCAAAUGAUGAAUCUUUGCAGACACAUUUAUUCAAGGGGUUUAGUUGACGGAAGUGGUAGCGAUGUAACUAUUAAAGCAUUUGGCAAAGAUUAUCUUUUACAUAGAAUAAUACUUUAUCAAAACCCAUAUUUUUCUGUUUUAUUAGAAGGUCCUUGGAAAGAGAGUGGUCAAAAGGCCAUUGAACUUAAAUUUGAUGAUGAAAAUAUUACUCGUGAUGCAUUUGAAAUAGCUUUAGGUCGUUUGUAUGGUAGAUUAGAUGAAUAUAUAUUACCCAAUCGGGUUCUAAACUUACUUGCCACAGCUUCUUUUCUUGAUCUGCAAGAUUUAUGUGAAAUGUGUGUGGAAGUUAUACUACGUGACAUUAAAGAUGACACCGUUGUACAUUACCUUACUUUUGCUACAACCCAUUUUUAUGGAAGUCAUUCUGAAAAAAUUACUGAAUCUUGUUUUACUUACCUUUGUAGAGAAGGUUACGAUAAUAAUAAAUUGAAGGCUGCUUUUUUGACAUUACCAGUUGAAUGGUUAAAAAAAAUAAUCGAGAAAUAUGGUCUUUUAUGA